CAUCCUCUAUCUGUCAGGGAUAAUGCUGGCUGGACUCCUCUUCAUGAAGCUUGCAAUCAUGGCCACGUUGAAAUUGUCCGCCUGCUCCUGGAUUCCGGAGCCCCUGUCAACAGUUCAGAUGACACAAUGUGUGAGGGAAUCUCCCCGCUCCACGAUGCUUUAACUAACGGACAGCUGGAGGUGGCAGAGCUGCUGAUCGAUAGAGGAGCAUAUCUGACAAUCCGAGAUAGUGAGGGUCGAACACCUGCUGACUGUUUAAACCAAUGGGGCAGAGAAAUUAAACUGGAACCCAGUGCAGAGGCUACACGGAAACAUGCAGACAUAAUGAUCACCCUGGACACAGCCUCAUCUUACCAGGAGCCCCACAUCAACACAACAGCUCAAAUGGACACAGGACCGAGACCAUUCGCCAAGCACUUUCAGUGUCUACACAGCGACUUGUUCGACAGUGAGUGCUCUCCGCCCUCUCGAACCCUGGACUCACCUGACAGCGCUUUGACUUCCUGUCACCAGCCGAGCGGAAGCCAUGACGAUGGGGAGGGGUUAUCCCACCGUCCCUCCAGAGCAGAAGCACAUCAUAGUUGGAGCUUGUCACAGUCGAGGAAGAUCAAGACUGCUGAUCCGCCCAAGUCAGCGUUACCCAGGCGGCUUUCGUCAACUCCGGCCAACAGUUGGUCAUCGGAGGAGGACGAUGACUUCAUGCCCUCCCCCAGGCCUUUUAAGAAACGUUGUGUUCGAGAGGAGGGUCCGAGUUUGUCCACUGACCAAACGAGCUCGAAAGCGUCAAGUGAACACAGGACUUCCAACCAUCCCUCUACCUCUGUGAAGCAGAGAGAGAAGCCAACAGACCACGCUGCCAAGACAACUUCACCCAAAGGCGGCCAAUCCUCGGCGAGCACGAGAAAACCUUCACCCAAAGGCGGCCAAUCCUCGGCGAGCACGGGAAAUCCUUCACCCAAAGGCGGCCAAUCCUCGGCGAGCACGGGAAAUCCUUCACCCAAAGGCGGCCAAUCCUCGGCGAGCACGAGAAAACCUUCACCCAAAGGCGGCCAAUCCUCGGCGAGCACGAAAAAUCCUUCACCCAAAGGCGGCCAAUCCUCGGCGAGCACGAAAAAUCCUUCACCCAAAGGCGGCCAAUCCUCGGCGAGCACGAAAAAUCCUUCACCCAAAGGCGGCCAAUCCUCGGCGAGCACGAAAAAUCCUUCACCCAAAGGCGGCCAAUCCUCGGCGAGCACGAAAAAUCCUUCACCCAAAGGCGGCCAAUCCUCGGCGAGCACGAAAAUCCUUCACCCAAAGGCGGCCAAUCCUCGGCGAGCACGAAGAAACCUUCACCCAAAGGCGGCCAAUCCUCGGCGAGCACGAAGAAUCCUUCACCCAAAUCUAGCCAUUCUUCAUUGAGGACAACAC